UUUUCUAUGAUUCCCAAGAAGUCCAUCUGACAUUUUACUGAUAUGUUUUGAUUUAUUAUCAAGUAAAUAAUUCGAAUACAAAAGAACUUGAUGUGAAGAAAUUAUGGGUAUUAUAUUUGGAAAAAGAAAACCCCCAUCUAGAGUUACCCAACAUGAUAGAGCUGUCCUUCAACUAAAGCAACAAAGAGAUAAAUUGAAACAGUAUCAAAGGCGAAUAGAGAUAGCUUUAAAUUUAGAUAGGGAGUUAGCUAAAAGUCUUAUAGCUAAGGGUCAAAAAGAUCGAGCAAAGCUUUUACUUAAAAAGAAGAGGUUUCAAGAACAGCUACUUAUCAAAACAGAUGGACAACUCCAAAACUUAGAACAACUGACACAUGAUAUUGAGUUUGCCCAGAUAGAGUUGCAAGUGGUUGAGGGUUUAAAAAUAGGUAGUGAAGCUCUUAAGAAAGUUAAUGAUGCAUUGAAUAUAGCCGACAUCGAAAAAAUAAUGGAUGAUACUCGAGAAGGGAUGGAAAAACAACAGGAAAUAAGCGCUAUUAUCAGUGGUAACUUAACUGAAGAAGAUGAAGAGGCUGUGGAUGAAGAGUUUGCUGCAAUUUUGAGUGAACAAAUGCCGGAGGUACCAGAAGUUGCUGUGACUGUAGAACCUUCUUUGCCAGAAGUACCUACUGAACCAAUUGAAGAUUCUAUCAAAACUAAGAAGAAAAAGUUGGAGGAACCCAUUGCUCUGGAAGCCUAAUUUGAGUGAACAAACUCACUUUUUAUUGGUAUUGUAAUUAUCUGUUUAUAAAAUUGCUAUACAGAUAUUUGUAUGUUUAUACUCCUUAUGUAUGAUUAGUUAUUGAAAAAAGUUAUAUUCAAAAA